ACCACGCUGGCGUGACUUGACGCUUUGUGUGUUGGUGACGGUGGCAGUGAGCCCAAGACUCUUUUGGUCAGUGUGUGUGAAGUGCUGGAUAGUCAGUCAUCUGUGAUUUUUUAAUCGGAAUAACGUUGACGUAACCGAAUAGGCUCUCUGACAUUGUGAAGACGUCAUGGAUUUCGCGUGAAUCUCCGAUUUUUGAUCACCUCGACAACAUUGUUUUGAAGGCCUGUAGCUACUGCUAACUAACGUUACAGGAAAAACUCGAGCUACUGUGGCUAGCUAGCGGUGAAUCCUGGGCCGAGGAAAACAAGUGAGGCGCUGGUGCUAAUUGUUGUCGUUUUUGGAGUCAUACUACUCAAACCCUUUCAUCAAAUGUUGACUGGUCGUCUUAUGAAUUCGAAUGGUGGAUAUAAAACAUCGUAACAAACUGUCAGACUUCUUUCCCUAGCCAUUUAAUAGCAACUUAGCAAUAACAAGCUAACUAACUUAGCUUAUUAGCUACUUAUUCCAGCGCUUGCUAGCCAGCUAGCUAGCUGAAGUUCUUGGUAUGAUUUCUAAAGUACAGUAACUAUUUAAUAUUUGUGAUGUAUGUAAGCUUCGAGAAUGACACCGUUUGGUGUCAAUUGAGAGUAAUUCACAGGUUGCUACAUAUGUUAGCUUAGUAAAUUAGCCCAGUUACCUAUUCUUAAUAUCUAAUCACACUAGAUAGUUCAGUUCGGCAACUAUAAAGGGUUAUAGCGAGGUAGCAAAGUUUCCCCAUCAAGUGUUUUUGAACAGCAAUACCAUUAAAGGUCCAUUUAAACCACCCAUUAGCAUUGAUCAGUCAGAUUAUUUCCCCUAUGAAGCAUCACUGUCGAGAGUGGAUGUUGUCUGUAUCAGCAGAUUACGUUUGUUCUUCUUGGCACUGCUGAUUAACGGCCAACACGUGAGCAGCUGCAGGUCAUACAAACUUACUGAUCGGCCCUUGCGCGAUACUGACAAACGACACAAUGAAUCGCUAUCUGCCAGUUGCACGACAGCACUUCUUGGGUGCAUUAACCAACACUAGCGUUGUGGUGAAGUCCAUAAGUGCCAUAGUGCUACUUCUGUAUCUGCUCUCGUGGGCAGUUGACACUCCAUACGCCCUGGGUGUGACGCCUGGCUACCUCUUCCCCCCUAACUUCUGGAUCUGGACCCUGGUGACCCAUGCUGUGGUGGAGCAGCAUGUGUGGGGAUUGGUGGCCAAUGUUGGGACUGUCAUGGCCUGUGGCCGGCUGUUGGAGCCUCUGUGGGGCGCCUUGGAGCUGCUAAUCUUUUUUGCCGUGGUCAACAUCUCUGCAGGCCUCCUGGCGGGCCUCUCCUACUUGCUCACGUACGUCGCCACCUUUGACCUGGACUACUUGUUUGCUGUGCGAGUCCAUGGGGCACCAGCUUUCCUCGGGGGGGUGUUGGUGGCCCUCAAGCAGACCAUGGGGGACACGACUGUGCUGCGGGUUCCACAGGUGAGGCUCAAAGCGUCCCCGGCGCUGGUCCUCCUCUGCCUGGCCUUGCUACGCCUCUCUGGCCUGCUGGAGAAUGCCGCACCACUGGCGGCCUACAGCUUUGGCGCCCUGGCAGGCUGGGUCUACCUGCGCUUCUACCAGAGGCACAGCCGGGGCCGUGGGGACAUGUCAGACCACUUUGCCUUUGCCUCCUUCUUCCCUGAAGUGGUGCAGCCAGUGGUGGGGCUGCUGGCUGGCCUGGUGCACGCAGCCCUGGUGAAGAUCAAGGUGUGCAGGAAGAUGGUGAAACGCUACGACGUCGGGGCACCUUCCUCCAUCACCAUCAGUCUGCCGGGGGUGGAUCCCCAGGACACAGAGAGGAGGAGGCAGUUGGCGCUGAAGGCCCUGAACGAGCGACUGAAGAAGGUGGAGGACCAGUCGGCCUGGCCGAGCAUGGACGACGAAGAGGACGACGAUGAGGACGAGGUUCGGGCCGACACCCCGCUGCUCUCUGGACAUGAGAGAACCUCGCCAGUAGGGGGGUCUAAUGGUUCCCAGAACACCACGGGACAGGAGUCCAGCAUCAUCAGCUUUGAGGACGCUCCCUCCAGCUCAUAACAGACACACUGAUACACACUCAGCUAUACUAAGUUUUGAGUAGCACACACACUACAGUGACACCCCCCCCCACACACACACACACAGACACUCUAGCUCUAGCAGUUUUUGACACAUUGUCAGGCUUAUCAGUUUUUCGCUCUGACUCGCCGAAGUUGUACACAGAUUGCUCUCCUGGCCCCACCCGCAUAUGUCCAUUGAAACAUGAAUGCAAUGUACAAACACAUUGGACUCUCCCUAGUUUGUCAUGUCUCUCCUGAAUAAACUAUUGAAUGGUUGUACAAAAUGUUUUUUUAAUUACAGCUCUUUUGACCCGAGACGCCUGCUCCACACCUGCUGCUCUCGUCUGACUCCCAGACCUUGUGUCUGAGACGGCACAACCGGAGCAGAGACUCUUGGCACUCUUGGCAAACUCUCCAUCUGUUGCUGUGUGUUGCUAUUGUCCCAGAGCAAGCUUUCAGCAGACGGAUGCAGAUUCUCAAUGGUUUUCUAGGUCAUCCUUUUGUGCUGAUUGGUGUUUAGUCUUCAAUGUCUUUGACAUCUUUUCUCUCUUCUCCAUCACUGAAAGACAGUUAUGGCCGAAUAUAUAUUGACACACUUGCACUUUUCUUAAAUAAUUCCCUAUUACUUCUAAAAUAAAUAGAAAUUAAAAACAAACAAACCGUAACCACACACUGGAUUUUCGACAUUGCAGAACCAAUUUAGCUUAUUUAUCAUUUUAAUUUAGAAAGUAAAGACCAAUGACAUGGACAAAAUAAUUGGCACCCUUUGGCCAAGAUAACUGCAUAUAAACGCUUCAUCAAUGAGCUUGCUGCACCUUUCUGCUGACAAUUUGGCCCACUUUUCAGCAGCAUACUUCUAUAAUUCUUCAAUAAUUCAGGGGGGCCAUCCACCAACUGCGGUUUUCAGAUCUCGCCAAUACGUUUUUGAUGUGACUUUGCUGGCCACUUCAGAACAGUCCAGCAUCUCUUCUUAACCAUUCCUGGAUGCUUUUUGAUGUGUGUGUGUGUGUGUGGGGGGGGUUGUUGCCCUGCUGGAAGACCCACAGCCUUCAGUGGAGACACAUUUUUUGGACACUGGGUUGAUCACUGGACUCCAAAACGCCUGAUAAUCUGCUAAUUUCAAGCAACCCCACAGCAUUACCAAACCUCCCCAUCUUUGAUUAUAGGGAGGGUGUUAUUUCAUUGAAAUAAUAAAUCAUGUGUCAGUAAACCCAGAUCUGUAUUGCCAAAGAGUUCCGAUUUUGAUUCAUUGGUCCACAGACCCUUUUCCCCAGGAUUUAGGCUUGGUUAGGCGGGUUUUUGAGAAGUCCAACCAGGCUUUUUUUUUUGUCUCCAGCAGUGAGGUCUUCCUAUGUUUACUAACAACCAAAUUAGGCAUUCAAAGAAAAUAACACCCUCCCUACAAUCAACCAUGGGGGAGGUUUGAUAAUGCUUAAGGGUUGCUUUGCUGCUUAAGGGUUGCUUUGCUGCCUCUGGCAGUGCAGGCCUUAGACGUGUGCAGGACAUCAGGAAAUCUGGAGAUUAUCAAGGUGCUUUGGAGUGCAAUGUUCAACCAGGUGUCUUUGUCAAAGGUUGUGGAUCUACCAGUAGGACAACAACCACAAACAUGCAUAAAAAGCACCCUGGACUGUUCUAAUAGUCAGUGAAGGGUCCAGAUCUGAAUCACAUCUGUGACGAUCCCAUCUAUGGCGAGACAGGACACUUCUCAAACGUUGAAGAAUAAGAGCAGUUUGUUGCUGAAGAGUGGGCCAAAUUGCCAGAAGAAAAGGUACAGAAAGUUUAUUGAUAUAUUUGGCAACAACUGUAGGUCUCGAUUUACCCCCAGCUAUUUUACUACUGCUAGAUCUUUGUUUUCAAAUGUUUCCAACAUUUAUGGGGCACCUGAUAAUUGGACAAGUUGCUCUGUGGAUGAUGAUGAUGAUGUGGUUGUUUAUUGCUUAUUUUUGCUCUUAAGUCAGAGUUGGAUUACUCGAAGGGGAACCAUGGCCAUAACAGAUUGAAGGUGUGUGGGUCUAUCUUCCUUUUUGUUCAUACUGUUGAUUUGUGUUCUGUCAGAAUCUUUAGUUUUUCUGGCCAGCCAGUUUGAUUUUGUUUCUUUUUACCCGAAUGAGUGUGUAACGGGGAGAGCUAGAAGACUAGAUGUUGUACACAGUGGUUUCCUGUCAUUUCUGAAUGGUUUUGGCCUGACAACGUUCAGCAGCUUGUGACACUGACGGAACAAUACAGCCACUGAUGCAGGCUCUCUACUCCCCAGGGAACAUCUUGUCGAAAUCUCUUGCUCUUUGUUUCUUUCUGGUUUCUCAUUUUUUCCCACUAUCUGUGUCACGUCUCUGAAUGUUGGUUAAGAUAAGAUCUGCACUCUUGAGUCUUUAAAUCAAAUAACUUAUUUAUGAGGUUUGAAAUGUUAAGGUGUGGUGAAGGAUGCCAAUGCGGAUGCAGUUCCGUUUAAUUUGUUGGUGAAGGUGGCCCAAGGAUUGGUUCUGAUGCCGUUCUGUUUAAUUUGUUGAAGGUGGCCCAAGGAUUGGUUCUGAUGCCGUUCUGUUUAAUUUGUUGGUGAAGGUGGCCCAAGGAUUGGUUCUGAUGCCGUUCUGUUUAAUUUGUUGGUGAAGGUGGCCCAAGGAUUGGUUCUGAUGCCGUUCUGUUUAAUUUGUUGGUGAAGGUGGCCCAAGGAUUGGUUCUGAUGCCGUUCUGUUUAAUUUGUUGGUGAAGGUGGCCCAAGGAUUGGUUCUGAUGCCGUUCUGUUUAAUUUGUUGGUGAAGGUGGCCCAAGGAUUGGUUCUGAUGCCGUUCUGUUUAAUUUGUUGGUGAAGGUGGCCCAAGGAUUGGUUCUGAUGCCGUUCUGUUUAAUUUGUUGGUGAAGGUGGCCCAAGGAUUGGUUCUGAUGCCGUUCUGUUUAAUUUGUUGGGGAAGGUGGCCCAAGGAUUGGUUCUGAUGCCGUUCUGUUUAAUUUGUUGGGGAAGGUGGCCCAAGGAUUGGUUCUGAUGCCGUUCUGUUUAAUUUGUUGGGGAAGGUGCCUCGAAGCUUGGUUUUCACAGAUUGUCCGUGCACCAGACAGGUUCCUCAGAUUUCCACUAACGAUGUGUUUCUCUUUGUACUGUGACCAUUGCGCAGACUCCUAUUUAGUUUCAGAUAUUUCUCUGUCUCUAUAUGAAAUAAAAUACGAUUGUAUGAAAUGUGAA